AUGGCAAGUCCACGUACUAGACGAAUAUUAAAAGACCUUAGACCUGUUGAUGAGAAUAACUUUUGUUUUGAAUGUCAAGCAUUAAAUCCUCAAUGGGCUAGUGUUACUUAUGGCAUUUGGAUUUGUUUGGAAUGUUCUGGGAAGCAUAGAGGACUUGGUGUACAUAUCAGGUUUUAUUUAGAUUUUUUAAUUUUGAUGAGGUUAUAG